CUUUUUUCCGGGGGUCUUGCCUACAAAAUCCUCCCCUCUCUAUCCCCUUUCCUCUCUUUCUUCUUUCUGGUGCAGGGCGGAGACUCCCCCGUCAUCUGGCUUUUCCCUCCCUUAAUUAUCGGCGGCGAAUGGCUUCGAAUCAAGCCAGUCUUCUCCUCCAGAAGCAGCUCCGAGAUCUUUGCAGGAACCCGGUGGAUGGGUUCUCCGCGGGGCUGGUGGACGAGACCAACGUGUUCGAGUGGAGCGUCUCCGUAAUCGGCCCUCCCGACACCCUAUAUGAAGGUGGUUUCUUUAGUGCGAUAAUGAGCUUUCCACCCAACUAUCCUGUCAGUCCUCCAACAGUGAGGUUUACCUCAGAGAUGUGGCAUCCAAAUGUUUACCCCGAUGGAAAAGUUUGCAUUUCGAUUCUCCAUCCACCUGGUGACGAUCCAAAUGGAUAUGAGCUGGCAAGCGAACGUUGGUCUCCCGUUCACACGGGGCUUAGUCAUCCAUGGCAAAGUGUAUUCUGCGAAGAUGGAUGCCAUAGCGAGCUGUUUUGUGGGUGCUUUGCAAAUAUGCUCAAGAAAAGUACUGAGGAACACAAAACACUGUAACGUCACUAUUUUGAUUCAUGCAAAGCACCGUACUUUUGCCAUAUUGUGGAUGACAGAAACAGAUGUGAAAAUCAUUUAGUUUUGCACCAGUUGCAUUUGUGGAAACUUAGCAAAAAACACGUCCAGUGGAAAUGGUGGAAUAUAUGGGGAGUGUUAUAUUGGGGACUUUGGGGCAUCUAUUUUCCUGUGGAGGAGAGAAAAUUAAGUUUUACCGAUGACCUAUUUUCUUGAAUUGGAUAAAGUAUUUAACAUUUUACGCUCAAUUAUUGAAGGUUCGUGUUGCAUUUGCAAGAGCAGAUGAUACUGAAUUGAAAGAUUUCGACAAAUUUCCUACAAUGUUUGUCAUGGUUCAGGCCUAGGAAUACUUUCAAAAGUUUGUGUAGCCUUGAUUUCCUGUUUCCCUGGUCGACUUGGAGACACCAAAGUUAGGAUUCACUGCUUUUAUUACUGCCUUGUCCUCAUUCUCCUUGCUUUGGAUCAGAAAACACUUAAUAGCUAUAGAUGAUUAAUGUUUUCAUAAUGCCAUGUAAUGACUGAUGUCU